GCAGUUACCGGGGGAAUGAAUCGGGUGCAACAUACAGUUAACAACCUAUGUCAACAACAAACAAAUCAUUCGAAGCACCAGUGUUCUAUAAUGUCUUACAUUAUUUAAUUACUGUAUUUUUUCAGAUACAUACAGCUUGAUUUUUAACAGUAUGACCUUUUAACGGUUGUUCCCAAUAACUCCUCGCUGUUACGGCCAGUUCUCCGUCUAAAAAAUGAUAUACCAUGUCCCCUGGAUCUACACACCGGUGCGGACUGUCCUGGCAAUAUGGCACCAGCUGACCAAGCCUGAGAUCCCAGGGCUGACCAAGUGCUCGGUAGUGAUGAGAGAGCGCAGCAGAGUGGAGGAGACAAUCCACGCCAUGCAGCGAGAAGGUGCAGGCAGCUUGCAGGUAAUCUCAGACUUCGAUAUGACACUGACCAGAUUUGCCCACAACGGCAAGAGAGUGCCCACCACGCACAACAUCCUGGAUAACCGGUUGUUGAUCAGUGAAGAGUGCACUAAAAAGAUGAGGGAGCUGUUGAACACCUACUAUCCCAUAGAGAUUGAUCCUAGAAGGACUGCAGAAGAAAAGCUGCCUCACAUGGUGGAGUGGUGGACUAAAGUCCACAAGCUGCUGAUUCAGCAGAGGAUCAGGAAAGACAUGUUGGCCCGGGCUGUCAAGGAAUCCAGCGCUAUGCUCAGGGGCGGCUACAAAGUGUUUUUUGACCGUCUGGCGGAGCAACAGGUCCCUCUGUUGAUCUUCUCGGCCGGUGUUGGAGAUGUCCUGGAGGAGGUGAUUCGACAGAACCUCGUCUUCCAUCCCAAUGUCCACAUCAUCUCCAACUACAUGGACUUUGACCAAACUGGGGUUCUGACAGCCUUCAAAGGCCAACUGAUCCACACCUACAACAAGAGGGAAGGUGCUCUGUCACAUGCCGCUGGCCUCACAGAGCUGCAGGGUCGCCCCAACGUGCUUCUCCUGGGAGACUCUUUGGGAGACCUGACCAUGGCUGACGGGGUGUCCGGGCACAAGAACAUCCUCACUAUCGGCUUCCUUAACGACCAGGUGGAAGAGAGAAAAGACUCGUACAUCAACUCAUUUGACAUCGUACUGGUGACGGACGAGACGAUGGACGUCCCAAACGCCAUCCUCAGAUACAUUACCUCAUCAAGAGACAACAAGUAAGACGCACAAGGAGGAACUGGACAGUUUAUGCCAACAUACACGCAGAUGCAUGCUGGACACCUCAUCACUUACCUCAAUGCAGACCUUGAAACGGGACUUUUCCACUCCUGGAGUGGUUAAUCGUGCAAAUCACACUUUUAAUGUUUACACUCUCUGUGUUUUGACUUGUAUUUUUCUGCUGUGCUUCAAAGCCAUCUGACCAAAUUCCAAGGGGUAAAAGAUCUAAAUUAGGUCAUUCAUUUGCAGCUUAGUUUAGAAAAAUCUGGAAUUUAUGCCAGCAACUUCACAGAAUAUUAGAGGGCUUAGUUUGGAGUAAAAAGUAUUUCUCCCUGCUGUUUUAAUUUGUGUGAGGGAAUCCACAAGGUAUCUUGAUAGAAACCGUAGCAACGUUGUAGCAAUGUGCCACCUUAGUGAAGGGACAAUUAUUAUUGUCCUAUUUCAAAUGCAUGAAGUACAUAACAGCAGCCCUCCCCCUGAAAACAAAUCAGCAACCUUUUAAAAAUGUUAAUAUUAACAAUUACACCGUGUAUUUCUAAUUUUAUUUUUUACUCCUUUUUAGUACAAACGAAGUAAAAAAAAAUUUUUACUUUGUUGUUUUACAGUAUGCUUUUAAAGAUCUUUUACAUUAAGGUAACGUAUGAGCGAAGACUUUUUUAAAUGUCUCUAUCUUCCAAGUCUUCUACUUCAUACUGACACUGUUUGUUAUGUGUGUACUGUAUAUUACCUCUAUGUAUACUCCAAAUACUUGAUGCUCAUGUCUGCACAUACUGUACACCUGAAUCAACAGUUUACUUGCAGGGUGCAGCUAAUUUGAAGCCAUUUAGGUCAGCUUUUUGUAAUUCUUUUUUUUAACCUGUGACAGUGAAGACAAACACGUUAAUGCCAGUAUCAAACACAAUGCUACAGUAUAGCAGAAUGUGUUCCUAAUGGGUGUUUUGUCUUUCAUCUGAAACACUCUGGCUGCUAUAAAUUGGGACUUAGCUUUGAGCUAGUUUGCACUUUACUGUAGGUGCUGUUGUUACACUAGAAGAAAAGAUGAAUGUGUGCUAACUUGUGAGUGUGCUUUUCUCAGCUAGAGGUUAUAGUUCUCCUUUUUAAAUAUGCCAUUUUAUUUAUCAUAUGAUUUUCUCCUGGUAAAAAGCAGCAUGUUUCAGGAAAAUAAUGAUUGUCAUGCAAGUCCUAUGGGAUUCUAUAAAAAAUUUGAUCUCUGUAUGCUAAUAAUCAUUUUGCAACGUAGUCUUAUGUCAGUAAUAUGGUCAUGAGAUUAAUAGAUGGCAGUGAAUCAUGUUGCAGCUUAUAAAUUCUAUUUGAGAUGCAUCAGUAUUAAUAAUACCUAUAUUAAUAAGUUUAUAGCAGUAACCAAUAGUUUUCCACCAAUAUCAUCAUAAACAUAUCAUAUGCGUUUUUUUAGUAUGCAGGUGUACGACAUGUUGAGAUUUUCAGAUAUUAUACAUUAUUUCUACCUGCUUUUUAAAAUAGUUCUAAUAAGUCACUACUUUGACCCUAAAUAAAAAACCCUAAACACUGUAACAGCAAAAUGAGUCACUGAAAAUGCUACUGCUAAAAACCUGUUGAUUUCCAAUGAUUAAAUUCCCCUGGCAGAGGCUAUUCUUUAGCCAAGACCUUGUUUUCCAGGUCUUUUUUUUUUUUUUUUUAAA